AUGAAAGCUAGUCAAACGCCUCUGCCACACCUGAUACACGCCGAAAAGCAAGCGGCCGAGAUCAUAUACGAGGCGAGAAAACGAAAAAAUUUACUCAUGAAGAAAUGCAAAAAUGCGGCAAGUAAGGAAGUCGCAAUGUUGGGCUCAGAAAGGGAAGAAGUCUUGAACGCAGUAACUAAGCGCGUUAAUGAAAGCUUAGCCAUAACGCAGAGGCGAGUGGAAAAUACAACGAAAGAAAAAAUUGCCAAAAUUGAUGAACAAGUCGCGAAGAAUCGCGACAAAGUGGUGACUAUGCUAUUGGAGUUGAUGUAUAAAUUUACACCGGAAGUGCAUAAAAACUAUCGAUAUUCGGAAGAUGAAGACGACGAGAAUGUAAAAUAA